AUGUUCACCCUUCUCACCUGUAAGACCGGCAAUAUUUACAAAUACACAUUCUCCCCUCUCAUAUUUAUUCUCUCUCUCUCUCUCUCUUGGGAAUCUUCAAAAUACCCGAUCUCUCAUUGUUUUGUUCACUCGCCCCCUUCCCCUGCACCCUCCCCCAACAGUUAA